AUGCCUCCACCCCCCGGUACACCCGCGAUCAAAACUCAGGCACGCUCCGCGACGAUCCUGCCCAAUUUCGUCGGAUUGAAGUUUGCGGUGCACAAUGGCAAGACAUACAAUGAGGUUUUUAUUACGGAUGAGAUGGUGGGGAGAAAGUUGGGGGAAUUUUCGCAGUUCGUGUGGGCCUUUUUGUGUUCUUGGGAGCAGGAUGAUUGUUUCGCAACUUUGCUCGAGGAGGAGAUACACGCUAUCAGCAGCCGUCAUGCUCUCGGAUGCUGUUGCUGCAUGCCCAUCAAAUUCUCUAUUCGUCAUGGAGAUGGCGAGGUGAAAUGUUGGGUGGGAGAAGGGAUGACAUAUCGAUAUCGAACCCUGAUCUUUCGAGAGAAACCUGGAUGCCUCAUCAUCGGAGCUGACUAUGCGAGGAGACAACUAUCCUGCAUCUAA